AUUGUUUGCGGACCGACAUAAGACCAUAAAAGAAGAAGGUUAUUUCGUUCGAGGAACGUCACCUGCGUCUGUAAGGUGUUCUGAAACCAGGGAAGGGAUGACCGGCCAGACGGAGGCUGAUAUACCUGAAACGGGAGCAGUCUUCACCUUUGGGAAGAGCAAGUUUGCUGAUAAUGUGCCCAGUAAAUUCUGGCUGAAGAAUGACCAUCCAGAGGAAAUCUCAUGUGGGGGAGAUCACACUGCUGUCAUAACAGGCCAUGGCAGGCUGUUCAUGUUUGGAAGUAAUACCUGGGGUCAGCUAGGACUGGGGUCAGAGAUCAAUGUCAACAUCAACAAGCCCACCGCUGUGAAAGCGUUGAAGUCUGAAAAAGUGAAGUUUGCAUCAUGUGGGAGAGACCACACAAUAGUGUGCACAUGGAGUGGGCGUGUUUAUGGUGCUGGCAGUAACCAGGAGGGGCAGCUUGGUUUGGGACACUGUGACGACACAAACACCUUCCACCUGCUUCAUCCUUUCUCUGACCAUGCACCAAUCAAAAUGCUUGCUGCUGGCUGCAACACCUCAGCUGCCCUGACAGAGGACGGCAGGCUGUUCAUGUGGGGUGAUAACUCUGUGGGCCAGAUCGGUCUUGGCACAGAGAGCUACAUCUCAGAGCCCAGAGAUAUGAUGGUGGGACAGCCAGUGGCCUGGGUGUCUUGUGGAUACCACCACUCAGCGUUUGUCACAGUGGAUGGGGACCUCUACACGUUUGGGGAGAGUGGGAGCGGAAGACUGGGUGUAUUCCCAGACCAGCUAGCCAAUCACAGAGUCCCUCAGCGUGUGGAAAGCAUCCAGGACCCGGUCAUCCAAGUGUCCUGUGGAGGGGAGCACACAGUGGCACUCACAAAGGACAAUGUGUACGCAUUUGGGCGGGGGCAGCAUGGGCAGCUAGGCCAUGGGACCUUCCUGUUCGAGGUACCUUUGCCAAAAGCACUGGACCACUUCCGGAAUGGCAGAGUCAGUCACGUAACCUGUGGAGAGAACCACACUGCAGUGAUCACAGACAGUGGGAUUCUAUACACCUUUGGGGACGGUCGCCAGGGUAAACUAGGACUGGGGGAAGAGAACUUCACCAACCAGUUCAGACCAACACUGUGUCCACGCUUCCUCAAAUACAGUGUCCAGUCAGUGGCAUGUGGCGGCUCUCACAUGCUCGUGCUGGCUAUGCCCAGACUCUCAGAGGUUGAGGAAGUGGUGAUAGAGGAGGAUGAUGUUACAGAGAGCAUUCUGGAGUCUCUGGAGACCUACACCGAGCUGCUCCUGAUGGACCCCUCCUUCUUGAUGCCCAACCCACAGACCACACCACCUCUCUGGACCCUGUCUGCUAGGGCCCGCCGCAGGGAGAGGGAGAGUUCUCCAGAGCAGUUUGGCCAGAUGUUCCGUAACCUUCCGCCUCUGUCAGGCUUCCUCAACGCCUCCCUGCCCCUGUCCAGAAAUAUCCGCAUCUCCAGAACACCAUCUGAAGACCCCUGCACCUCCUCACUGUCCUCCAAUCCCUCCUCAAACGAUCCCCCCCAGCCCCUCACAAGAGGCCCAGCCCAUCAAAAUCCCCCAAAUAUGCAUCUAAAGAACACCUCACCCCCCCCACAGUCCUUUAAAUCCACACAUAAACUCAUCCCCACCCCCUCAGUGUCCCCUAAACCCUCCUCUGUAAAGCCCACAGAUGACAACCAAUCCCCCAAAACGCUGUCUGAGGGUCCCACCACACCACAGACAGAGAGGACCAAGGACACUGUGAUAGAAGCAACUGACAGCCGGAUUCUCAUUGAGAAUUUGAAGAAGAACAUGGAUGGAGAGGACAAUAAAGACAUGUUGCCAGACCUGGCAUUACCAUCAGGGGGAGAUUUUGGCGAUGAGACUGGGACUACAUCUGCAGAACAGAAGGAUAAGGGACAUAAAAAGGGUCGGGCUCUGAGGAGAGCUGUUAAGGAGGCAGAAAUGGAGGUUGAACAAGCCCCGGCCAACAGGAAGCCACAGCUACUUUCCCAUAAGGCCCUUCCUACCGAGCUUCUGAGAGGCUCCAGCUUGAGUUCAUUAAAGGCAGAGGGCACACCCCCAAAGAGCCCCAAAUGCUUAAUGAACCCUCAGACCCCAGCCAGCGGCAAGGAAAACAUUGCCUUGACAGCAGAAAAUUCUGGCAUCAAAGUGAACACCAGUAAACUGACAGGUAGUAAUCUGCAAAGCACAGAUGUGGGGAUGGCGGGGACAGCCAUGGGGUUCCUGAGUGAGGCGGUGACGAGCGUGAGGGGGAUUCCGUCGGAGAGUGACACAGACACUUCUAUCCCUCCUCGGCGGUCCAGCCGGGUAGAGAGGUUCACCAAACAGAGCGACAUCACCCAGCCUUCCUCCACAUCACCCUCUUCUUCAACAUCAGAUCCAAGCACAGCUGAGCAAAGCAAGAGGAAUGACGCCCGCAUCGGCACCCUCAGGAACUCUGAUCAGGAAGUGGGGAGCAGGAUUAUUGAGAAGGACCCAGAAACCACAGAGGCUGCUAGUGAGAGGUCAGGGGGUCAGGCCAAGGUUGAUUAUGAUGAGAACUCUAGUAGUCAAAGUUCGGGAGCUGAGGAUGAUGAAGAUAAAGAGGGCGGAGAGGCAGAAGAAAAGAGUGAAGACAGUGAGGGCGCAGAGGCAGAAGAAAAGAGUGAAGACAGCGAGGGCGGAGAGGCAGAAGAAAAGAGUGAAGACAGCGAAGAGAGGGAGGGCGUGGAAGAAGAAAAGAGUGAAGACAGCGAGGGCGUGGAAGAAGAGAAGAGUGAAGAGGAUGCGGAGGCGGAAGAAGAAGAAACGAGUGAUAGUGAGGAAGAGAGUGGAGCAGAGGAGGAAGGAGAGAACCAAGAAGAGGAAGAGAGUGGAGCAGAGGAGGAAGGAGAGAACCAAGAAGAGGAAGAGAGUGGAGCAGAGGAGGAAGGAGAGAACCAAGAAGACGAAGAGAGUGGAGCAGAGGAGGAAGGAGAGAACCAAGAAGAGGAAGAGAGUGGAGCAGAGGAGGAAGGAGAGAACCAAGAAGAGGAAGAGAGUGGAGCAGAGGAGGAAGGAGAGAACCAAGAAGAGGAAGAGAGUGGAGCAGAGGAGGAAGGAGAGAACCAAGAAGAGGAAGAGAGUGGAGCAGAGGAGGAAGGAGAGAACCAAGAAGAUGAAGAGAGUGGAGCAGAGGAUGAAGGAGAGCACCAAGAAGAGGAAGAGAGUGGAACAGAGGAGGAAGGAAAGAACCAAGAAGAGGAAGAGAGUGGAGCAGAGGAGGAAGGAGAGAACCAAGAAGCGGAAGAGAGUGGAGCAGAGGAGGAAGGAGAGAACCAAGAAGAGGAAGAGAGUGGAGCAGAGGAGGAAGGAGAGGGAGAGGAUAAGGAAGGUAGUGAAAAUAAAGAAAAUGAGGAGGGAGAGGAGGAGGCAGGCGUAAGUGAGGAGGAGGGGGAGGAAGAAGAUGACGAGGGAAAGGAUGAAGAAAGUGGAGAAGGUGAGGAUGAUGCAGGAGAGGGGGAAGCACUUGAGGGUGAGGAGGAAGAGGUUGAAGGUGGAAAAGGUGAGGAAGAGGAGGAGGAAGAAGAAGAAGAGGGAGACAAAGAAGCAGAAGGAGAAAAGGAAGGAGAGGAGGAGGAAGAAGAAAAACAGCAA